AUGAAGUCCAACUUCGCCUUCCAGAACCUGUGCGGGACGGUUUAUCGGCAGGGGAACGUGGUGUUCACUCCGGACGGAAACUCGGUCCUCAGUCCUGUGGGGAAUCGGGUAUCUGUGUUCGACCUUGUCAACAACAAAUCUCGCACAUUAGCCUUCGAGAACCGAAAGAAUAUCGCUUGUAUCGCUCUUUCACCGGACGGGCAGCUCCUGCUCUCUAUCGACCAAGAUGGAAGAGCACUCCUCGUCCACUUCCGAAAAGGCACAACCCUCCAUCAUAUCACCUUCAAAGCGCCUGUCUCGCACGCCGCCUUCUCUCCGGAUGGGAAAUACUUCGCCAUCACCCACGGGCAGCAGGUGCAGGUGUGGGAGACGCCCUCGGCGAUCGCAAGAGAGUUUGCGCCAUUUGUGCUGCAUCGGACAUAUACUGGGCAUGCGGGGGAUGUGGUCAGCAUUUGCUGGAGCAAGACGUCAAGAUAUUUUAUCACCACGUCGAAAGAUAUGACUGCUCGGCUAUAUACUCUGCAUCCUGUUGAGGGAUUCCAGCCGAAGAAGUUUGGUGGACACCGGGAUGUGGUCAUUGCUGCGUUCUUUUCGGACGACGAGAAGACUAUAUACACUGUCUCUAGAGACGGCGCAGUCUUCACCUGGGCGGCCAAGAAAGCCAUCGACGAGGAUGACUCGGACGUCGAGAUGGACAUCCUCGACGCUCCCUCCACUUCCGCUUCUGGUCUCAACAACAGUAUCGACCAUACCGUUGCGUACACCCGCUGGGGUAUCCAUGGACGCCACUUCUUCAACCAGCCAGGUACCAAGACCGUCUGCGCUACAUUCCAUCCACGCACCUCCCUCCUCAUCGUCGGCUUCUCCACCGGUGUCUUCGGGCUAUGGGAGAUGCCGGACUUCACCCCCAUCCACACCCUCUCCAUCUCCAACGAGAAGAUCUCCUCCGUUGCCGUCAACCCCUCGGGCGAGUGGCUGGCUUUCGGCGCGUCCAAGCUCGGGCAGCUUCUCGUAUGGGAAUGGCAGUCCGAGUCAUACGUCCUCAAGCAGCAAGGGCAUUACUACGACAUGAACACCCUGGCGUACUCGGCGGACGGGCAGAAUAUUGCAACAGGGGGAGAAGACGGCAAGGUGAAGCUCUGGAAUGCCACCUCGGGCUUCUGCUUCGUCACCUUUCCCGAGCACUCGGCGGGGAUAUCAGCCGUCGAGUUUGCCAAAGGGGGCCAGGUGCUCUUCUCGGCGAGUCUGGACGGAACCGUCCGCGCAUUCGAUCUCGUGCGGUAUCGGAACUUCCGGACAUUUACCUCACCCACACCGGUACAAUUCAGCUCCCUCGCCGUCGACCCUAGCGGAGACGUCGUUUGCGCCGGCAGUCUGGACACCUUUGAGAUCUACAUGUGGUCUGUCCAGACCGGUAAACUCCUCGAUAUCCUGUCUGGUCACACGGCGCCGGUGUCCGGUCUCGCCUUUUCGCCUACGGGGAACCAGCUCGCCUCGUCCUCAUGGGACCGCUCGGUACGGCUGUGGUCCGUCUUCGGCAGGUCGCGAGCCACCGAUCCGGUCACUGUCUCGUCGGAAGCAACCGCUAUUGCUUUCCGGCCGGACGGGAAGGAGGUCUGCGCCUCCACGCUGGAUGGCCAGCUCACAUUCAUCUCCAUCCCGGAAGGCGAGAUCACCUCGGUCGUCGAGGGCCGGAAAGACAUCUCGGGUGGACGGAAGAUCGAUGAUCGGCGGUCAGCGGCCAACAAUGCUGCAUCGAAAUACUUCAACUCCAUCACCUAUACGGCGGACGGGGCGUGCAUCAUUGCGGGCGGAAGCAGCAAGUAUGUCGUCAUCUACGACGUGCGUGAAGGGGUCAUGGUGAAGAAGUUCCAGAUCUCGGAGAAUCUGAGUCUGGACGGGACGCAGGAGCUGCUGGAUUCGAGGAAGAUGACCUCGGCUGGUCCGAUCGACGGAAUCGAUACCACCGGGGACGCGUCGGAUCUGGAGGACAGGCUAGACGUCUCUCUUCCGGGGGCGCAGAGGGGAGAUUUGAGCAAGCGGCGGUACAGGCGAGAGGCGCGUACUAUGUGCGUGCGCUUCUCGGCAACCGGUCGAAGCUGGGCGGCAGCGAGCACGGAGGGACUUCUCAUCUACUCGCUAGAUGAGAGCGCCACCUUUGACCCCUUUGACCUCUCCCUUGACCUCACACCCGAGACCAUCCUCCAGACGCUAGCGGACGGCGACCACCUCGUUGCGUUCAUCAUGGCGCUCCGGCUGUCGGAACUUCCUCUUAUUCAACGGACCUACGAGUCUACCCCACCUACAGAUAUCCGCCUGGUCGCGCAGCAAUUACCGCAGAUCUACGUACCGCAGGUUCUCCGUUUCAUUGCGCACCAUAUCGAGCGGAGCCCGCACGUCGAGUUCGAUCUACUCUGGGUCGCGGCGAUAUUGACGUGCCAUGGGCGGUAUCUGAGGGAAAGGAGGCAGGAGAUGGGUGCGGCGUUUAGGGGGUUGAUGAAGGGCUUGAUGGGCUUUGAGAGCAGUGUCACCAAAUUGACGGAAGAGAAUAACUUCUCACUUGACUACAUAUUGGCGCAGGCGGAGUUGGCCAAGAAGCUGAAUGGUGUCAAUGGGGAUGAGAUGAACGGCGGGAUGGAGAUCUCGAUUUGA